AUGGGCCCAGGGGCGCCUACCAGCCCCGCGAGCACUCCUGCGUCCACCGCCGGCCCAGCGGCGCCCACCAGCCCCGCGGGCGCUCCUGCGUCCACCGCCGGCCCAGCGGCGCCCACCAGCCCCGCGGGCGCUCCUGCGUCCACCGCCGGCCCAGGGGCGCCCACCAGCCCCGCGGGCGCUCCUGCGUCCACCGCCGGCCCAGCGGCGCCCACCAGCCCCGCGGGCGCUCCUGCGUCCACCGCCGGCCCAGCGGCGCCCACCAGCCCCGCGGGCGCUCCUGCGUCCACCGCCGGCCCAGCGGCGCCCACCAGCCCCGCGGGCGCUCCUGCGUCCACCGCCGGCCCAGCGGCGCCCACCAGCCCCGCGGGCGCUCCUGCGUCCACCGCCGGCCCAGGGGCGCCCACCAGCCCCGCGGGCGCUCCUGCGUCCACCGCCGGCCCAGCGGCUCCCACCAGCCCCGCGGGCGCUCCUGCGUCCACCGCCGGCCCAGCGGCGCCCACCAGCCCCGCGGGCGCUCCUGCGUCCACCGCCGGCCCAGCGGCGCCCACCAGCCCCGCGGGCGCUCCUGCGUCCACCGCCGGCCCAGCGGCGCCCACCAGCCCCGCGGGCGCUCCUGCGUCCACCGCCGGCCCAGGGGCGCCCACCAGCCCCGCGGGCGCUCCUGCGUCCACCGCCGGCCCAGCGGCGCCCACCAGCCCCGCGGGCGCUCCUGCGUCCACCGCCGGCCCAGCGGCGCCCACCAGCCCCGCGGGCGCUCCUGCGUCCACCGCCGGCCCAGCGGCGCCCACCAGCCCCGCGGGCGCUCCUGCGUCCACCGCCGGCCCAGCGGCGCCCACCAGCCCCGCGGGCGCUCCUGCGUCCACCGCCGGCCCAGGGGCGCCCACCAGCCCCGCGGGCGCUCCUGCGUCCACCGCCGGCCCAGCGGCUCCCACCAGCCCCGCGGGCGCUCCUGCGUCCACCGCCGGCCCAGCGGCGCCCACCAGCCCCGCGGGCGCUCCUGCGUCCACCGCCGGCCCAGCGGCGCCCACCAGCCCCGCGGGCGCUCCUGCGUCCACCGCCGGCCCAGCGGCGCCCACCAGCCCCGCGGGCGCUCCUGCGUCCACCGCCGGCCCAGGGGCGCCCACCAGCCCCGCGGGCGCUCCUGCGUCCACCGCCGGCCCAGCGGCGCCCACCAGCCCCACGAGCGCUCCUGCUUCUGCCACAGACCCUACGACUCCUACCACCAAAACGAGUACACCUACUCCCUCCACAAAUACCCCAGGUUCCAGAAGCCCUUGCCAAGAGGAUCCCUGUAAGGGUGAUUCUUCAUGUGUUAAUCUGCAUGAUAGACGGUUUUGCCUGUGUUCAGAAGGGUAUUACUAUAACUCUCGUACAUGCGAGAAAGGAAAGAUAUUCCCUGGUACGAUUAUGGCCAAUAUAUCACCUACAUCUGACUUAGAAGAUAGAAAUUCUGUGGCCUAUCAGGAAUUAUACUUUAACAUUACUAGAUUUUUUGAAAAGGCAUUUGAUUUUGAUUACGGGCAGACUGUAAUUGGUAAAUUAAGCACAUCUCCUUCAGCAAGAUCUGCAAUGCAUACUGUUGCCAUAGCGGUAGUAAACAUUUUUAUGGAAACUACAAAACAAACUGAAGAAACCGUAUCGCGUGCCAUUGAAAGAGCAAUUGAACACAGUGCAACUGAGUUUACAGGAUACAUCAGGCAAGAGCGGUGUGAUUAUUAUGGUUGUGAGAAAGAGAAUGGGCAAGAUGACUGCACCAGUGGUUUACUAUGUCAGUGCAAACCGGGGCUGCUGAGACCGAACCCACAGAUCCCCCUGUGUGUUGCUUUGGGUCCAAAGUGUCCUGAUGACUGCAACACACAGAAGAAGAAGCAAUGCCUAGUGGAGGACAGCAGGAACGCUACCUGCGUGUGCCUGCCAGACUAUAAGGAAGAUGAUCAUGGGAUCUGUCAACCGUGUGCGUUUGGCUACAGCGGAGUUGAUUGUGAAGACCCAUUUCAGCUGAUCCUCACGAUCGUGGGCACCAUUGCUGGCAUCCUCAUUCUCGGCUUGGUGAUCGCAUUCAUCUUCUCAGCGAGUUCAAAGAACAAAAGGAGGAAUGUGGAAGAACAGAACUUGAUUGAGGACAAUUUUCAAAAUCUGCAACUGCGGAAUACCGGCUUUAGCAAUCUAGGAGCAGACGGGAGGAUCUUCCCUAAGAUCAACAUGAACCUGCCCAGAGAGAGUGAGCCACAGAAUCCCUACGUAGUCCCGGGCGGUAUACCCCACGCACACUAUUAGAACGGUAAAAAUUUGGAACCAUCCAUGGCCCCUCAACCCAACGUAUGAGCUUUUAUUUUGAGUGUUUCAAAGACUGAUGGAGAAGGGAGCAGCCAUGAAGGUCUGGCCUUUGGUAUUUCUCUUCCAUCCAGCCUCUCUGAAUGGAAGUUGUGACUGUUUGCAAUGAAUACAGCUUGUUUGCUAACUAAGUACCUAUGAAAUUAAAUGCACAUAGAUGCUAUUAGUAAGCAUCUAUACUUAAGAUAGUUGAUUUGCUCCGAUCAGUACAAUAGUUAGGUUUUUUUUUUUCCUGGCUGUGCAACAGUAAUCAUUCUAUCUAUCUAGAGGGAAGCUCCCCAGGAUUUUUCACUCCUGAAAGAGUCUAGAAGAGUGUUGCUUUGAGUUGAUACCCUGUAGAUAAGUGACGUAUUCUGGGAGACUCUUACACAUCAGCUGUGGAGGUCCCAGGAGAUGGGAGGACAUACCAUCCUUGAAGAUGCUGAGGUUCAUUCUCUGGCAAGUUAAAACAGGGAAGCUCCUUCUUUUCCUCAAAUGUAGGGAUUUCAUUACCCUUGAACUGCCAGGAACUUGUGACCUGUGUUCAAAUCAAGAGGACAGAUAAAAAGAGACAGGUCUCUUAGCUUUUUGGGAGCAGUUACUGGCAAUCCAGGGCCUUCUUAAUGUCAACUAGAAGGCCUGAACUAGAAAUGUCCUCUGCAGGGGUACGUUCUAGAGGGUUUGAAAUGCCGGUGGGUAGGGGAGUCAGUGGGGAAAAAUGUGACCAGGAGAAGGAGGAACAGAGGUAGAAGGAAGCUGGGCUGGAGGCUGAGUAAGGGAGAAGGUACCCAGGGCCCACCUUCAUCCUCAGAUUCCCCUCCUCAAUGAGCAAAUGGGCAUUUCCUCUAAUUCGUGCCCUACCCAAGAUUUAGAACCUAGGAGAGGAUGUGAAGACAGAGCCCCUAGAGCAAGAGCUUGAAGUCACUUUGAAAUUGUAGACAUUCUGACUGGCUCAUGGUGAGAGAGGGAGCUUGUGCUCUGGAUCCAAACGUUCAGCCUCGUGAUACAGACUCCAGAGGUAUUCCACCGAAGCCUCAGCCUUCCCUGGGGACAGAGCCUUAGCCGUGGUCACGAACACACACACACAGCUAAGAAUGGGGACAGCCACCUCCAGCACAGGCUUUCUUUCAUGUUAGUAGUAUCCUUGUUUAUGUCUAAUGUCUGGUCUCUUUGCAAGUUAUUUUUAUUUGUUGUUAUUAUUUGUUCU